AAUUAACGUUGCUUGAGAAAGGAGGUGUCAGUUUGGAGGGCAGUCAUGAAAGCGCAUAAAGAAUCACAAUUGCUCAUAUGUGUAUGUUUGUUUGUGUUCUAUAUCUCUUCACUUAUGUCUUCAACAGGUCCCUUCUAUUGUACAUUACAGAGAAAUUUUAAUCUGGAUGGAAUGCACAAGUUUGGGGAUGUUAUUCUUGGUGCAAUCUUUGAGAUGAACUUUUUCACUGCAUUUUCUGAACUGUAUUUUACUUCAGAGCCGAAUGAUCCCAUCUGCCAUGGCUUUGAUAUUCUAGGUUUCAGACAAGCCCAGACCAUGGCCUUUGCUGUCGAUGAAAUUAACAGGAACUCCAAACUUCUUCCUAACAUAUCAUUGGGAUACAGUCUUUAUGAUAGCUGCAGCGAUCUAGGAAUCUCAUUCCGUGCAGCUCUGUCUAUGACCAGUGGCAGAGGGGAGCCGUUUCAAUUAAAUGAGAGCUGUUAUGGUUAUCCUCCUGUGUUAGCUAUUGUGGGAGAUUCUUCCUCAACGCGUUCUAUUGCCAUUUCUAGUAUAGUAAGCUUGUACAGGCUACCAAUGGUCAGUUAUUUUUCCACUUGUUCGUGUCUGAGUGACAGGAUGCAGUUCCCGUCAUUCUUUAGAACUAUUCCAAGUGACGCAUUUCAGGUGCGAGCUAUGCUCCAGAUUCUGAGGAGGUUUGGCUGGACCUGGAUAGGCCUGCUGAUCAGUGAUGAUGACUACGGACGCCACGCCGCCCAUUCAUUCCAGUCAGACCUUGCCCAGUCUGGUGGAGGCUGCCUGGCUUAUCUAGAGGUUCUGCCAUGGGAAAAGAAUGUAGCUGCACUGCAGAGGAUCGUUGGAAUAAUGAAGAAAUCAACAUCCCGUGUGGUUAUCGUUUUCGCACCUGAGAGCAACAUGCUUAAUCUCAUGGAAGAGGUGGUGAAGCAGAAUUUAACAGGACUACAGUGGAUGGCAAGUGAAGCCUGGACUGCAGCCAAAGUGCUCCAUACUCCCAGCUACAUGCCUUUUCUAGCAGGCACUCUGGGCAUUGCCAUCCGCCGGGGAGAAAUACCAGGCCUCAGGAACUUUCUACUGACAAUACGCCCUGAAACAAUUGGCAGCCAGGACAGUCCAUUAGUCAAGAGGUUCUGGGAGAACGUAUUUCAAUGUAAGUUUACAUCCCCUCAAGGAGAGUUAUUGGAUGGGUCCGCUUCGGAAAGUCUAUGUACAGGGAAUGAGGUUCUUGGGAACAUAGAGACUGAAUUUCUGGACCUGUCUAACCUCAGGUCAGAAUAUAAUGUGUACAAGGCCGUAUAUGCCCUGGCACAUGCCCUUCAGGACAUGCUACAAUGUGUUCCAGGGAGCGGGCCUUUCAAAGGUCAAAGCUGUGCCAAUUUACAAAGAAUAGCCCCAUGGCAGCUUUUAUAUUACCUGGGAAGGGUCAAUUUCACUACAAAUUUUGGUGAUCAAGUGUCAUUUGAUGAGAAUGGGGAUGCUUUACCAAUCUAUGAUGUGAUGAACUGGAUGUGGCACCCAGAUGGAAGCACCGAGGUUAAAAAUAUGGGAGAGGUCAAAGAAUUGGCGUCUAAAGUCGAUCAUCUUAUCCUUGAUGAAGAUAAAAUCUUUUGGAAUUUUGAAUCAAAAAAGCCACCCAAGUCAGUGUGUAGUGAGAGGUGUCCCCCAGGCACCCGCAUGGCCAGGAAGAAAGGUGAACCUGUCUGCUGCUUCGACUGCAUCCCUUGUUCAGAAGGAAAAGUUAGCAAUGGGACAGAUUCAACAGAAUGUAUCAGCUGUCCAGAUGAUUUUUGGUCCAGCCCCCAACAUGAUCACUGCGUUCCUAAAAGCAUGGAAUUUCUCUCCUACCUGGAACCCCUGGGCAUCUCCCUGACCACGGCUUCAUUAUCUGGUGCACUUUUAUGCACUGUUGUUAUUGGAGUCUUCACCUAUCACCGUACCACGCCAGUGGUUAGGGCCAACAACUCAGAGCUCAGCUUCCUCAUUCUGCUGUCACUCAAACUAUGCUUCUUGUGCUCAUUACUUUUCAUUGGUCAACCAAGGCUGUGGACUUGUAAGUUGAGGCAUGCAGCAUUCGGGAUCAGCUUUGUGCUGUGUGUCUCGUGUAUCCUGGUGAAGACCAUGGUAGUUCUGGCGGUAUUCAAGACCUCCAAACCAGGUGGUAGCGGUAGUCUGAAGUGGUUUGGGGCAAUGCAACAGAGAGGGACUGUUGUAUUUCUCACUUUAAUCCAAGCAGCAAUUUGUACAACCUGGCUUGUGUCUUCCUCACCAACACCUCAUAAAAACACACAGUAUCACAAUGACAAGAUCAUUGUUGAGUGUCUUGUAGGAUCCACAGUAGGAUUUGGAAUAUUACUGGGCUAUAUAGGCUUACUGGCUGUAAUCAGCUUUAUGCUUGCAUUCUUGGCACGCAAUCUACCAGAUAACUUCAAUGAGGCCAAGUUUAUCACCUUCAGCAUGCUUGUUUUCUGUGCUGUUUGGAUAGCCUUCAUCCCAGCUUAUAUUAACUCCCCUGGUAAAUAUGCAGAUGCUGUAGAGGUAUUUGCAAUUCUAGCUUCCAGUUUUGGGCUGUUGCUGGCCCUUUUUGGACCAAAGUGUUUUAUAAUUCUUCUUAAGCCUGAGAAAAACACUAAGAAAGCUUUAAUGGGACGAGGCAAACCGAGAUCAUAGAAAAGUGUUUACAGAUUUAGUAAAUUUAGGUCAAAUGUUAACUGCAUUACCUAGAUUAAAUGUUAAUGCUUUACAGAUCUAUUCAUGAUAGAUUGACCAACGUAAUGCGAAUAAAAAACGUUGAUUCAA